AAAAAAGCAGGUAACAUAAAAAUUUUCACAGCUUGGGAAUGGGAGCAAUCUGGUGGUAGUGUCGUCUUCUUCCUCCUCCUCAGAUUUGCAAAUGUGGAUUCAGUCCUUAUGAAUCCUGCAAAUUCAAGAAAAACCCAUUUGAGAUAGAAAGCCAAAAGCAGAGUAGAGAAGGCGAAAGAAGCAAAGCGAAUAGAGGCAGAGAAAAUGAGUGGCUUUGCGCUGGGUUCAGCGUUUGAUUCCAAAUCGGGUCAAAUGAUAAUGGUGGCUCUGCUUUUAAUGGUUGGGACCUUCUAUGCUGGCACCCUCUUUGGCAACAAUGGCCCCAUCUAUGUCUCCGAGCUCCCUUCCAAUUCUUCUUCUUCUUCUUCUCCUUCUUCCUUUUCCACUGGUAUUUCUACAUUUACAAACAAGGUUGCUCUUACUUAUAGAAAAACACCACUUUUGAUUCCUGAAACUGGAAUGAAUGUGUGCCCAUUAACAUUCAAUGAAUAUAUUCCUUGCCAUGAUGUUUCUUACAUUAAGAGUUUGCUGCCCAACUUGGAUGUUUCUAGAAAAGAAGAGCUAGAGAGGCAUUGCCCUCCACUUGAGAAACGAUUAUUUUGCUUGAUUCCACCUCCAGAAGAUUAUAAGAUACCAAUACAAUGGCCAACAAGCCGGGAUUUUGUGUGGCGGAGCAAUGUGAACCAUACACGACUUGCUGAAGUCAAAGGAGGACAAAAUUGGGUACAUGAGAAGAAUCAGCUCUGGUGGUUCCCAGGUGGUGGUACCCAUUUCAAACAUGGGGCCCCUGAGUAUAUUCAAAGGUUAGGAAAUAUGACUACAAGUGAGACAGGUGAUCUGCGUUCUGCAGGGGUAGUUCAGGUUUUGGAUGUUGGUUGUGGGGUUGCCAGCUUCUCUGCUUACCUCCUCCCACUGGAUAUUCAAACAAUGUCCUUUGCUCCCAAAGAUGGACAUGAGAAUCAAAUUCAAUUUGCAUUGGAGCGAGGAAUUGGUACAAUGAUCUCUGCUUUAGCCACUAAGCAACUACCAUAUCCCAGUAGCUCCUUUGAGAUGGUUCACUGUUCAAGGUGUCGUGUCGAUUGGCAUGAGAAUGAUGGGAUUUUACUCAAAGAAGUGAAUCGCCUUCUGCGAUCUAAUGGGUACUUUGUCUAUUCGGCUCCACCUGCAUAUAGGAAGGAUAAAGACUAUCCAUUGAUUUGGAAUAAGUUGGUAAAUCUGACUUCAGCAAUGUGCUGGAAACUCAUUGCUCGAAAAGUUCAAACAGCAAUCUGGGUUAAACAAGAAAAUCAGGCAUGCCUUCUGGACAAUGCCGAGCAGAAACUUUUGAACAUAUGUGAUGCUGUCAAUGAUUCUAAACCAUCAUGGAAUACACCAAUGAGGAACUGUAUACAAGUAAUUAGUGGACAAACAAAUAUUCAGAAACUCCAUACUAGGGCAGAGCGUCUUUCUGUGUAUUCACAGAGUCUCAGCAAAAUAGAUAUUAAUGAAAAGGAAUUUAGUUCAGACACUUUGUUUUGGCAAGAUCAAGUUAGCCUUUACUGGAGGUUGAUGAAUAUUAGUAAGACAGAAAUACGAAAUGUCAUGGACAUGAAUGCUUUCUGUGGUGGAUUUGCCGUGGCUUUGAAUACCUUGCCUGUUUGGGUGAUGAAUAUAGUUCCUGUAAGCACGAAGAAUACCCUGUCUGCUAUUUAUGACCGAGGACUGAUUGGUGCUUUCCAUGAUUGGUGUGAACCGUUCUCAACUUAUCCACUCACGCACUAA